AUGCCCAAACGCGCAACCGAUGAUCCCGGAACGUCGUCGACAAACCCCGACUCCGAACAUAGCCCAUAUGAGGAUCUCACUGAAUCAUCACAAUUCUCUUCUCCUUCUGGCGAACCGGCUCCGAAACGGAUGGAUAUCGACAUUAAGGAAGAACUCAACGAGAGUAAUCCUGAACCUAAUGCGGCUUUGAAUCCAGCGAAUAUCAAGUUGGAGUCUGAUAACCGAGAAGAAGGAGAGGAGGACGAAGAGGAAGAAGAUGGAAACUCUCAAUCACCUAUAGCUGUGCUGGAAGACGAUGAAGAAGAUGAAGAUGAUGCUGACAGUGUGAUUGACAAGACUAAUACACCGGAACCUUCUGAUUCCUUUUUGGAAUGCUGUACCAAAGCAAAUCUUCCAAGUGAAAUUACUGUAGCUUCAUGGGAAAUAUAUUAUCAUGCAGUUCAACGAGUAUCCCUUGAGGUAAGUGGAAAAAAGUGUUUUCAGGGUUCGGAGGCGGCAUGGCAGCUCUCGGCUAUCUACUACUAUCUGCUCUCGAAAGGUAUAAAACGUCGUGGAAAAGCGAGCCGACUUCUCACUCAACCAUUCCCAAUAUCGAUACUCACUAUUGCUAAUACUUUCGAUGUUUCCGUUGCGGAGCUUAUUGACAAGACGACCCGGUUUGCGGAAAUCAUUCAUUCGAGGAAGAUGCGUCGGUAUUUGGAAUACAUUCGAAGGCUACAGGAAGGACUCGCUGUGACUUGUGUGAUUUUCAAAAAGUUCUGUAGAGUGUUCAACGGAAUCUUCGAAGAGGUCAAAGAGAGCACUCACAACUGUCCCUCGUCUUAUGAGCUGUUCACGAUCCUAUGGACUUAUUUUCUUGUGAUGAAAAGCCGAUUACCUACAGACGACUUGAUUAAUAACUACCAGCUUCUUUUCUCUAUGAUAGAUCAUCUCUACACAGAAAUGAGCUCACUUCAAGAUGGAAUCGUCUACCAUCUCAAUCAGGAAUUCGUUGGAAAUCUUAUCGAUAAGGACUGUACUAUUCUUCGGGCUCUGUGUACAAAUUUCGGUGGUAGCGUUCUAGACACGAGACAUUUCUACCAACAUACAUAUAAGAAAAUGGACAAGACGGGAUUGCCUACUUCGUGGGAUUUUGCAGAGUUCCGAGACGAGAUCUUAAACGCACCGAAAGAUGCCUAUGUCAGUUAUCUCUUGCAACGCGGAAGUAUCGAUGAAAGAGUCUUUAUUCCCUCUCCAGAAGACUUUUCCAUGGUAUUCAAAGAUCAAUUUGUAGCAGCCAAUGUUUUGAAAAUCUCACAUACGGGAAGGUUGUUUGUGGAUGCCGAAUUUUUGAAUACCAUCUCGAACAACCAAUGUCUGGAGAAGUUAUCACAUGGUAAAGCGGGCCUGGAGAAGCUGUCCCAAGGACGAGAAAAACCGAAAGUGCCGUGUGUAGAGUACAAUCUAGAGUUGGGACAAUAUCCAGAAGACGAUGUAUCCAAUCAGGCACACGAACGACUUGUUAGAAUAAUUGGUGGCUGGAAGCUGGAAAGAUCGAAACUCAAAGAAAUGUGCGAACGAAUGUCUGACAGUCCGAUGGCAACAAUUCUGUUGAAAUCCGAUGAGCUAACAUCUGAAUUCGAGCGGACAUUGUUUGAGGAACGCGGAGAAUCAUCUCAAAUGACAUUCAUGACUAAUUUCCAUCUUGAUCUUCGAAAAGAGUUGGAGAAGGUGUUUUUGAUUUUUAUGGAAAAAAUAAUUGUAGCGGAGGUGGCGAAAAAAGUUCGCGAAGAAGACCUUGUGAAUGUUGUCCGCCGUGAAGAGUUUCUCAAUUCGGUUUUCUGCUUCUGCGUUGAGCUUGUUCUAUUUUCCAAUGGUUACGAUCGACCCUUUCCAUGGAGUGCUGAUGUAUGCAAUUGUCAUCCAUUUAUGUUCCACAAAGUUAUCGACCUAAUGAUAAGUCAUGAGAAGCGUCUCAGUCGGCAAAUGGUUCAACACUUCAGUCGAAUAGAAGAGAAUGUGAUCGAAUACUAUGCAUGGAAGAGUGAUAGCCCGCUGUGGCAAAUGGUAGUUCGAUGCCCAUUCGCAAACUUCCAGGAAUUCGGAGAAGACUGGGCAGAUAAAUUGAAUACCUAUUCACCCAUGAAGUUCACUCCAUUAAAAAAGUCGUCCGAUGAACUACGAGACGAGCUUGGACGCCCGAUUGUUCCCCAAAAUCAAACUUCCAGAACUCUCCGAAUUUUCCUGAAAAGAACAUACUUCACAGCUGCUCGAAGACUUCAGGAGUUAACAGAUCGUAUAGCGAUGGCUACACGUCCCAAAUCACAAUGCUGGUCCGUCUUCGACUAUCUUUUACGCAAUGACACUCUUAUAUUCAUGGAUCGCCACCUUGAUCAAAUAAUUCUAUGCUGCGUUUUUGUUAUAAUGAGAAUGCACGGUUCCUCGAUUACUUUCCACGAAAUCAUGGGGCAGUAUCGGAGACAGUCGAGCAGUGCCAUGUAUGUCUAUCGCAAUGUUUCUGUAUUCCGUGAUCAGGUGGAUGAAGACAAUCCUGUCCCAGUCAACUUGAAGGAAACCAUUUCGGAACGUCUUGAAGCGCCACCAAAGUCCAAAACAACAGUCGAUGUCAUCAAAUACUACAAUAUUGAGUUUCUGGAACGUAUAAAGCAUAUAGUGAAACAAAUUGACACUGCUCUGGAUGAGGAUUUGAUGGAAAUGCCAAUACCAACAUCGCAUGGAUUAGCUCCAGUUCGAGUUUAUCUAACCCAAAACGUUUCAAUCCAAGUGCUGCCGCGGACACAGUACAAAGAGUCGAGGCAGGAGAGAGCUAUAUCCCAUCUUGAAAGAAACGGGCGAACCCUUGAAAAUGCUCUUAGCAACGCUAAUGAAUAG